CGGCGCCUGAAUAUUGAACUUGGUACUGUUGUCUGCAGUGAUAUCAUAACACUGCAAUAUGAAGACGCGCUCUUAUGACCGCCACCCGUCUCCAUCCAUGGCCAAGUGACAGGUGCUGCGACUGUUGCAAAAGGUAGGCAUGGGGAAUAAAAGGAGGAGGAAGGAUGUCAGCUGAGCCCCAUCAUCCCUCUUUGACUUCCACCACUGCCAGCGUCAGACUAAAGACAGAAUGGCUCAGUCUAUGAGGAGGACAGAGACUCUAGGAGCCAUGGACCAUGAGCCUCAGAGGGAGAAGACCAGGACCAGCUACUUUGGCAAUGUUAAGACCAGGCUGGGCUCCAAACUGCCUGCUAGUGUCUCUCAGCCCUCACAGUUCACCAAGCGGUCGUGGGAAACUCAGGCUCAGGCUCGAGUGAUGCAGGAGCCUGCGGCCAGCAACCAGCGUCAGCACCAACCCGCUGUGGUCCGGCCUCUCGACCACGUCCCCCAUAUCAGAAACCCCAAGCUGCGGCAGUACUACCUGCAUGGAACUUCAUGGGACUUGAAUAACACUGCAGUGAAACAAGAACAACUGGGUGGACCAUUAAAUGACAUCACAGGCAGCAAGGGUCUCCCUGGCGACACUGUGUUCAGUGUCUCAUCUCAGUUCAGCAGCAAUGCUACACCUUUAGCAGAAGAGGGUAAAGUGGGUCAUUGUCCCUCUCAGUCCUCCUCACAACUAUCCUCCUCAUCUGCUACCACUGUCCCCAGAGAGCAGCUGGUCGCCCGAAAGGGAGAAAACACUCAAACCAAUCGAGGAUUGACUAAACCUGAACUGGACUCUGAUCUUAAACCAAAGCCUGAAGAGGAGAGUUAUCCGGACUCUUCCGAUACGCUCCCUGCUCAGCCUCAGUCCCCCUCUCCAGAGGCAGAAUAUGACAAAUUGCUGGAUGUGGAGGCGGUGCCAAUGCCUGAUGGACAGCUCUGCUUAUUGGCUCUCCCACCUGAGUGCUGUCAGGGGGAGGGGCCAGAGGCCAUGCCGUACCUCAAAUUGUUCUGCCGCUACAUCACUGAUCGCAAAGGUGUGGUUUCGGGUAUUCUGUUGGUGACAUCCAAUAAAAUCUUCUUUGAUCCAUGUAAGACACAUCCUCUCGUGAAGGAACAUGGCUGUGAGGAGUACCUCCUGUCCUGCUCCGUUGACAAUCUGGCAUCUGUCUCCUUUUACUCUGACAUCUCACAUGUUCACUUCAGCCAGUCCCAGCAGAGGAGAAAAGGAAAGACAUUUUUCCAGAAGUUGAAAACUGCCAAAAGCCCCAAAAGCCGAGCAGGCGGCCUCCCAGACCACAAGGGGGAGUCAGUCCCGGCUCUGAUGUCUGCAGCUACAUCAGAUCUGUCCAGUCUGGCACUGGGCCUGACCAAGGAGGUUUCUGAGAAUGAGGAGGCAGAGAGCAGGGACAUGGCAGAGGCAGAGCGGGAGCUUGAUAGCAGCCCACUGGAGGUGUUGCCAGAUGCGCCUGUAGGAGCUCUGGGGGUGACCUUCUGCUGUGGAGGUCAGGAGGCGCCAAGUAAUGUAAAGAUGGAGCUGCUACACACUGAUGAAGCAGAGAAGUCUUCUGUGAAGAGUCAAACUGCAGUUCCUCGGAGGUCAACAGGUGGUGCUGGGACUUUGAUGUUUGUGCGGCUGCGGGUUCAGUCGUCUGCAGGAAAGAAAAAGAGUGGAGGGGUGCUUCACCUGGGGAUAGCCAAAACAUUACACAGAAGGGAUGCCUGGCUUGCCCUUUCACAAGAGAGCUCUGACGAACUGUUUGCUUACCUUACACACUGUCGACCAGACCUGUGUAUACUUGAAGGAAGGGAGGAGGAGGGAGAGGCAGACCGUGACGAAGAGGAGUUUGUACUAAUUGAGGAUAAUGAGGAGGAGGAGGAGGAAGAGGAGGAGGAAUUGUUAGAGAGGCACCGCAGCUCAGGAGAUGACUGGGAGAUGGUGUUGAUGGAGGACAGCAGAGACAAGCCAACCCUGGUCAUAGACAGGGACCCUGAAGGACUAAAUAACAUAGUGGAAAACAGCCACAUUUUUGAAGCCUCCCAUAUCAGAGAACUCUGUAAGGAGCUGCCCCCAAGGACAGUUGGCUAUACCUGGCAACUGGCUUACAGCACGUCUCGUCAUGGCGCCAGUCUCAAGAACCUCUACCGAAAACUCAGUGCCACAGAGUCCCCUGUGCUUGUCGUCAUCAAGGAUGCACUUGAUGAGAUAUUUGGGGCGUUCCUCUCUCACCCGCUGAGGCCCAGCGAGACAUUCUACGGUACAGGAGAAACAUUUCUCUUCAUGCUGCAUCCUCGUUUCAAGACAUUCCGCUGGACUGGAGAGAACUCCUUUUUCAUUAAAGGAGACUUGGACUCAUUUGCCAUUGGUGGCGGCAGUGGUCACUUUGGUCUGUGGCUGGAUGAGAAUUUAUAUCUGGGCCGCAGUAGCCCCUGCUUCACCUUUAAUAACUGCUGCCUCUCAGAAACAGAUGACUUCCGAGUCAUGGAGCUGGAGGUGUGGACAUUCAGCUGAGGAGACUGGGUGACCUCCAAGUUUCUCCUUGACUCGCCUCGACGCUGCCGAUCGGCUUUAUCAAGACAGCAUUUAUCUCUGAGCAAAAUACAUGCGGCUUAAAUGUCAAAAAUCUACCAUAAACUGUUGGAUUUAUCCGUGUGAUUAAGUGCUGUGGACUGUAAUGAACUUAAAUGAACCAAACAAAGCUGAUCUUGGAGCGCUCACUGUCCCAGAGUGGGUUCUAAUGUUGGACUGUUUCAUGGUUUACUCAUUUCUGUGGGUUUGGCGACCAAACUCCUAAACUGAGUCCAGCUGAACUGUUAGGAAACUGGAUUCUUUGAAUCCUGGUGUUUGAAUGGAACGGGUUACAAGUCUCAGACUUUGCACUUUUCUCUUUAAUGUGAAUCAGUGAUAGCAAUGCCAUGAUAUCUCAUCGUUUAUCAUGUGAACAUGAUGGUACACAUCUUCGUAGGUAAUGCAUGUCCCCGCUGUCAUAGAAGUGUGUUGGGUUAAUGCUGGAACACGUUAAUCUUCUUAUGAAUAGAUCUAUUGUAAAACAAACUGCGGCUGCACUGCACAAAUGAGACUCUUUCUUCUCAGCCUCUGUUCAUUUUUAAAGGGUUUCAUCAGUGAGUGUCUUAGACUGCAUAAAUUAAUACUAAAAUGAAUCAUAUAAAGAACACUUGGAGCUCCACUUUGAGAAAAGCUUCUCACUUGAAGAACAUCUGUACGGUCAAUUUUUAUGCCUCACUCAUUCAGAUGUCUUUUCAUUUCAAGUGCUGACUCAUACAUUACUGUGGUUUCUGAACAUGAAGGGAAAAGCUCAAGAAUUACUUUGAGUUAAUGCAUUUUUUCAUUCAAAUGUAUCUGUAACCUGCUCUCACAAGCCUCUGAUAAACCAAUAUACUAGGCUGUACAGUAAUGUAGAUUAGUUAAUAAAAAUCAGCACAAUGUGAACAUGUAAAUGUUGAAAAUGUUUGAAUAGAAAAAUAAGACCACAAUUCAAUUUGUUAAAAAAACCCCAAAAUGUUUUAUUUCAACUUGUGAAAAAAUGGCACUGUUGUGUUACAGAAUAAUAAUGUUUAACCCCUCAAAGGCUCCAAGCAGACAGAUAUUUCACAUGGUCAAGACCUUGUAAGUCCAAUUUCAUGUUAAUUCUUAUUCAAACUGCACAACUAUUAAUUCAAAAGAGUUUUCUUCAUCCCUGGUUUCUUCUGUUUCACACUAAAAACAGGAUCAGGGCCAGAAAGUGGAAUCAUUUCUUUCUGUACAUUUGAAAAGGGUGAAAAGAGACAUAAUGUGUAAUAGAAAAAGAACAACUAACGGUCCCUUCAGAUUGUCAUCUUU